AUGUUGGCGCAAGAAGCUCUUGACCACGCUGAUCUCCCAGUACUGACUGCUACGCUCGGAGCCGCAGCGUUGUUGAAGAACAGCUUGUAUUGCUACGUGCAGCAUAUUGAGGAUAGUGGGAACCCUGAACGAUAUUCUCAGAUUCAGGGUUGUUACAAGCGUUACACUACAAUGUCGGAGGCUGUAGGCGAACGAGUACUAGAUCUGCACAACAGAGUUCUGUCUUUGUACAUAUUGCAAGAUUCUGGCGGACGACCGAUAGAUGGCAACACUAGGACUGUGCAUGAAAGUGGUACGCCUUCUGUGCAGGGAUGGUGGCUUUAUAUGAAUGGUAGUAGACGAGACCUAUGGGACACUGUACCACCACGGAUGGCGCAGAGAAUUUUCGCUGGAAUGCUCAACGAAACACUGACUAUUCUUACUGUGAGAUAUUGUCAGACGAAUACAACAGAUACAACAACUCGUCUUCUCCUCAACGACAUCUUGAACAUACUUCUCUGUGUGGCACAGCUAUUACCAUCAAUAUGUGCCAAUGGGUCUGACUUGGCUGGUUUGGACGUGAAGCAUCAGACAAGAGACGUGAGAGAUGUCCAUGCGAAAUGCAAUGAGCUGUUCAAGUGUUUCGUUUACAGAGGAGCUGAUUUGCAUUUUAUACAUCAGGAGUUUAAAGAGAAAGAUCCACCUACAGUACCGAGGGAAUGUCCGUUCCCCUGGUUUACUUUCGUGUCACCAAUGUUGUUUGAUAAGUUGGACGACCCGUCAGUGAGGAGUACGCAUGAUCUCUCCAACAAGACCGCUUUUGGAUUGGAACUGAUUGUUUUGUUGGCACAACCACAACCGAAUUGGGCGUUGAUUGUUAAGGUACUAAUGAUGCGCGACUGCCACCUCUCCCGUAUGCUCCUGAUCCGCGCCAUCCGCCACAUGAGUACUGACAACUUGAAGUGGCCGGCAGACGGGCUCUGGUACAGCGUACACGACAGACAGAAGAAGUGUAGCGGGUUUCUGUGUACUGCUGACGGAUUCUGCAGGUUUAAGGGUGAUGUUAAUCCAGGAGAAGAAUUUGCUCGAGUCGCAGGUGCACUUACCUACGUCUUGGCUACCAUCGGCAGUAAGGCGGAGCUGAAGUCUACACUAUGUUACGCACUCGAGAUAUCUGGGAGGGAAUGGGCUGCUUGCUUGGAUAAACGACAGGUAUGGUGUGACAGGCGACCACCGUGGUUAGCUGGUAUUCUAGCCCUAGUCGGGUCUAUAUUGCAGUUUAUUCCACCAAUUUUAGUCAACGCAGUGCAGAGUGGAGCUUCUAUGUAUCAGACCAUGGCGCUCUGUUUAUCUUGCAUAUCGAGGUCCUUGGACUGUGUUCCCCGUUGCUUCGUGAACGCAUGCUCAAUAAUAGAAGGCACUCUUCCCUCCCAUAUAAAUCCAGUAGGAGGUUCAGUUUUACUACAAAUGCUAGUAACUGUAACGUAUGAGGAAAUACAAAAAUGGGCUGAAGAGGAAGUUGAAAAGGAAAAAGCAGUAGCUUCGGCAGCGAACGGAGAGCCGCAUACAAUGAGUGCAAAAUCUAGUAGACCGAAGUCUAAGCAAGUCAGGAUCGUUGCUCUUGGGCAAACAACAACAUCAACGUCCCUAAGUUUCGACGGCAGUCAUAGCAGUGCCUCAUCUAUAGCCCUGGCAGUAGCCGAGGCGCUCUGCUCUAUAGAUGAGGACGACAAACAUACUCGAGACAUACAACUACUAAUAGAACGGGCAAAGAGAAAAGUUGUAUUGUCUGAACAAUUUGGGCUUGAAGACUUUCCUGAGUUCGCUGAGUUGUUUGAAGAGGGCGAUGUACCCGGGUCUAAUGCUGAGCGGGCAAGUGAUGCCGCCGCCCUUACUAGCCAGAUACUAAUGACACCUCCUGGAAGAGAUAGUCUGAGAGUCAUCUACGAACAUCUAGCGCUACAUUCAGAGUGGAUUUACAAGGAGCUAGGUAUCCGAGAUUCUUGUGAUAUUGACAUACCUUCUAACAAGACUCCGCUUCUUUAUACCAUGUUCCAUAUUGGGAAACAACCUUUUGACCAAUUCCUUCGAGGAGAAUGGCCGUUACCCUGGAGUACACUGGUCGCCGUCGCCAAAGCGUGGUCAGGUCUUGAAGGAGUGAGAGUUCAUAUAAACAGACGCACUGACGUCCGCAACAUGAAGUCCCAAGGCAAAUCUAAUAAACAGUUGAUGCAACUUUGUUCCAUGUUUAAAUCAAAUAGUGAGGGACUUUUGUAG